GUAACCUUGAGAAAGGAGGGUGGGCUCCGCAAGGGCGAACCAACCACGUUUGCUGAUCGUGUGUUUGCUACCGAGAUGGACAAGAACAUACAGAUCUGUGCGGCUAACUAUGAACAAACUCUGUUCAAAGAAGCUUUGAAAUACGCUUUCUUUGAAUAUCAAGCCCUUCGUGACAUGUAUCGUGAACUUUGUGGUGGCCAAGACGCUGCUAUGAAUGAGUCGCUAGUCUUUCGGUUUAUUGAAACACAAGCUCUCAUCCUUUCUCCCAUAUGCCCACAUAUCGGAGAGCAGAUAUGGCAGAUACUUGGAAAGAAUGAGCUCAUAGUCUGCGCAAAAUGGCCAGAAACACAACCAGUAGACGAGUCUCUAGUCAAGGCUGCAGAUUUUAUGCGUGAUGUUAUGGUAGACUUCCGCGCAAGAGUGAAGAAUUCUAUGAGCUCAAAGAAGAAGAAUGCGUUCACAGAACCUCCAUCAGAAGCUGUGAUCUAUGUGGCCAAAGAGUUCCCAACUUGGCAGAAAACUAUCCUGCAAAUCUUGGAGAAGAGCGCUAAUGAGAACAAUGGCGCACUACCGGAUAAUAAAACCAUCUCACAGAUAAUUGCAAAAGAAGACGCGGUCAAGAAAUUCCUCAAGAAAGCAAUGCCGUUUGUGCAAAUGGUCAAAGAACAGUACGAGCAGAAAGGAAUGGCUGCAUUAGCGACUGCAUGUGCAUUUGAUCAGCUGGGUGUUAGAAUUGCUCCAAUCAUCAAUAGUCGCGUGACCCGUAAGCGCCCGGGUAUAGCUUUUGUUUGA